CCGGUGGCAGAACCGGUCUUUGGCUGUAGGGAAUCUCCCGAGCAGAGCCCGGUGCAGGUCCCAAGCUCACAGUGCCCUGUCACCAGGUGCCGCCUUGUGGGGAGCAGCUGCGCCAGCUGGCGUCCAGGUGGAGUCAAUGAGGUGCAGCCUGAGGAGGAUGCUGCGCCCGGAGGAGAGGAAGGAGAUCCAGGGCGUUGUCUAUCGCGGCGUGGAGGAAGACAUGGACUGCUCCAAGGAAUCCUUUAAGGUGGACAUUGAAGGAGAUAUGUAUAGAUUAGAAGACUUCAUCAAGAACCGAAGAAAACUAAGCAAAUAUGAGGAUGAAAGUAUCUCCCCUUUGCAUCAUGCAGCAGCAGAAGGUCAGAUUGAACUAAUGAAGAUGAUCAUCCAUGGUUCUUCUUGUGAAGUGCUGAAUACAAUGGAUAAUUGUGGAAAUACCCCACUGCACUGGGCUGCAGAAAAAAACCAAGUUGAAAGUGUGAAGUUUCUUCUUAGCCAAGGAGCAAAUCCAAACCUUCGAAACAGCAACAUGAUGGCACCCCUUCACAUAGCUGUACAGGCCACGUACAAUGAAAUGACCAAGGUCUUGAUUGAGCACACCACCACCAACAUCAAUUUAGAAGGAGAAAAUGGAAACACAGCUCUGAUGUCCGCAUGUGCCAAAGACAACAGUGAAGCUUUGCAGCUUUUGUUAGAAAAAGGAGCGAAGCUGUGUAAAUCAAAUAAAUGGGGAGACUACCCUGUUCACCAGGCUGCAUUUGCAGGUGCCAAGAAAUGCAUGCAAUUAGUACUAAACUAUGGUGAAAAGCACGGCUUCACCAAGGAGUCUCAUAUUAACUUUGUGAAUCAUAAGAAAGCUAGCCCACUCCACCUGGCAGUUCAAAGUGGUGACUUGGACAUGAUCAAAAUGUGCCUGGACAAUGGUGCGCACAUCGACAUGAUAGAGAAUGGCAAAUGCAUGGCCCUCCAUUUUGCUGCAACCCAGGGAGCCACUGACAUUGUUAAACUCAUGAUCUCAUCCUAUACUGGAAGCAGUGAUAUUGUGAAUGCAGUUGAUGGCAAUCAGGAGACCCUGCUUCACAGAGCCUCAUUGUUUGACCACCAUGACCUGGCAGACUACUUAAUUUCAGUGGGAGCAGACAUCAACAGUACUGAUUCUGAAGGACGCUCUCCACUUAUUUUAGCAACUGCUUCUGCAUCUUGGAAUAUUGUGAAUUUGCUCCUCUCCAAAGGUGCCAAAGUAGACAUAAAAGAUCAUCUGGGGCGUAACUUUUUACAUUUGACUGUACAACAGCCUUAUGGACUAAAAAAUUUGCGGCCGGAGUUUAUGCAGAUGCAACAUAUCAAAGAGCUCGUGAUGGAUGAAGACAAUGAUGGAUGUACGCCUCUCCACUAUGCGUGUAGGCAGGGAGUCCCAGUCUCUGUAAAUAACCUCCUUGGGUUCAAUGUGUCCAUUCAUUCCAAAAGCAAAGAUAAGAAAUCACCCCUGCAUUUUGCAGCCAGCUAUGGACGCAUCAAUACAUGUCAGAGGCUUCUACAAGACAUAAGUGACACGAGGCUUUUGAAUGAAGGGGAUCUCCAUGGAAUGACCCCUCUUCACCUGGCAGCAAAGAAUGGACAUGAUAAAGUUGUUCAACUUCUUCUGAAGAAAGGGGCAUUGUUUCUCAGUGACCACAAUGGCUGGACGGCUUUGCAUCAUGCAUCCAUGGGCGGGUACACUCAGACCAUGAAGGUCAUUCUUGAUACUAACUUGAAGUGUACUGAUCGACUAGAUGAAGAAGGGAACACAGCGCUCCACUUUGCAGCGCGGGAGGGCCACGCCAAGGCUGUUGCUAUGCUUCUGAACUACAACGCUGACAUCGUCCUGAACAAGCAGCAAGCCUCCUUUCUGCACAUCGCACUGCACAACAAGCGGAAGGAAGUGGUCCUCACAACCAUCAGGAGCAAGAGAUGGGAUGAGUGUCUUCACGUUUUCAGUCAUUAUUCUCCAAGCAACAGAUGUCCAACCAUGGAAAUGGUAGAAUACCUUCCUGAGUGCAUGAAAGUUCUUUUAGACUUCUGCAUGAUCCCUUCCACAGAGGACAAGUCCUGUCAAGACUACCACAUUGAAUAUAAUUUCAAAUAUCUUCAGUGCCCACUAGAAAUGACCAAAAAAAUGACACCUACCCAGGAUGUGAGAUAUGAGCCUCUGACAGUCCUCAAUGUCAUGGUACAACAUAACCGCAUAGAGCUUCUCAACCACCCUGUGUGUAAGGAAUACUUACUUAUGAAAUGGUGUGCUUAUGGUUUCAGAGCCCAUAUGAUGAACCUAGGGUCUUAUUGUCUUGGUCUCAUUCCCAUGACCUUUCUUGUUGUCAAAAUAAAGCCUGGAAUGGCCUUCAACUCCACUGGAAUCAUCAAUGAAACUAGUAAUAAUUUGGAUCCAGUAAACACUCUGAAUUCAUUUCCAAUAACAAUAUGUAUGGUUCUUGUUUUCUUAUCAAGUAUAUUUGGAUAUUGCAAAGAAGUGGUCCAAAUUUUCCAACAGAAAAGAAAUUACUUCCUGGAUUACAACAAUGCUCUGGAAUGGAUUAUCUAUACAACCAGCAUCAUCUUUGUAUUACCCUUGUUUCUCAACAUCCCAGCAUAUAUGCAGUGGCAAUGUGGAGCAAUAGCAAUAUUCUUAUACUGGAUGAACUUUCUAUUAUAUCUUCAGAGGUUUGAGAACUGUGGAAUUUUCAUUGUUAUGUUGGAGGUGAUUUUUAAAACAUUGUUGAGAUCAACGGGCGUGUUUAUCUUCCUCCUAUUGGCUUUUGGCCUCAGCUUUUAUGUCCUCCUGAACUUCCAAGAUGCCUUCAGCACUCCAUUGCUCUCCUUAAUCCAGACUUUCAGCAUGAUGCUAGGAGACAUCAACUAUCGAGAUGCCUUCCUAGAACCAUUCCUAAGAAAGGAAUUGGCAUAUCCAAUUCUGACCUUUGGGCAACUUAUUGCCUUCACAAUGUCUGUCCCAAUUGUUCUCAUGAAUUUACUAAUUGGUUUGGCAGUUGGGGACAUUGCCGAGGUCCAGAAGCAUGCAUCACUGAAGAGGAUUGCUAUGCAGGUGGAACUUCAUACCAACUUAGAGAAAAAGUUGCCUCUCUGGUACUUACGCAAAGUAGAUCAGAAGUCCACCAUUGUGUAUCCAAACAGACCCAGGCAUGGCAGGAUGCUGCGAUUUUUUCAUUACUUUCUUUGUACCCAAGAAACACGGCAAGAAGUACCAAACACUGACAUGUGUUUGGAAAUGGAAAUAUUGAAACAGAAAUACAGAUUGAAGGACCUCACUUCUCUCUUGGAAAAGCAGCAUGAACUCAUCAAACUCAUUAUCCAGAAGAUGGAAAUCAUCUCAGAGACAGAAGAUGAAGAUAACCAUUGUUCUUUCCAGGACAGAUUUAAGAGGGAGAGGCUGGAGCACAUGCACAGCAAAUGGAAUUUUGUGUUGAAUGCAGUUAAGACAAAACCACACCUAAACAUUAGUCACCCAGACCUUUAGUGGGGUGCCUUAUGGGAGUGGGAGACUUACUGCUUGACUUACUUCAGUGAAUGUCAGUUUGGAAAGAGCAAAGAAAGAGGAGUUGGACAGAUGUCACCGUCACUGCAUGGGAAACUGUAGUUCCUGAAAAUCAUAUAUAUAUAUUAUGUCAAUCACCAUGUAUUGGGAAUAUCCUUUCUGACAUAUUCAAGUUGGACUUUAAUGAAGGGUAAUCUUAUUUGACUGAAUAGAAAGCAAAGUUGUUAGAACACACAUUAUGAAGGACAAGAAUAAAUGUAAUUAUUAAGCCAGGACACAAAUGUCAAUAUUAGAUUCCUAUUCAAUAUAUGCUGAUAUAAUAUGAUUAGAUAACUAUAGUUAUAUAUAUAGUGGUAUAUAUAGUGGCAUAACUAUAUAACAGGAGAUGUCUAUAGUCCCAAGUAUUAGAUUCAAACUUCUACCAUAUAAAGCCUUCCUGUGUUAGAACCUGGGGUGGGACACUGUAAUCUCUGUUUCUAUGGUCCCUCCCUUCUUCAUCUUCACAUUAGCAUCACCCUGAGACACUUGACUGAAGUCCUAAUUAGUAGACUGUGGUAAGUGUGAAUGUUAUAGUCGCUGUGUGUUCCCUCUGUAUUUACUUUGUCAAUUGUGGUAGUUUAAAUGAGAAAUGUUGCCCAUAGGUUCAUGCGUUUGAACACUUGGACCCCGUUGGUGUUGCUGUUUAGAGAGGUUUGGCAACCUUGCUUGCUCUCUACUUUCUGGGUGUGGAUGAAAAAUGUGAUCAGUCAGAUUCCUGGUCCUGCUGCCAUGACCUCUUGUCCAUUAUGGACUCUUCCUUUGGAACUGUAAGCAAAAAUAAACUGUUUUCCUUCAAAUUUC